AUGACUCUGUCCCUCUGUAGCCGGGUUAAUGGUCUUGAAUGAAACCAAAACCAAAGGCCUAUUAUGUUACGUGUUAUUAAUUGCCAACUUCUAUUUUUUUCAGCAAUAAGAUGUCCACCCGGCACCGAAGAUAUUUCAUGCACAGCAGAACAAGAAGUAACGACGGAAUCACCGACAGAGACAGAGGCUCUGUACAGGAGAGUGUGCAAGGAAGCCACGGGCCCGAUAGUGGAGAAGUGCCGCCGCUACUUCUGUACUGAGGCCGGGGUCGUCGCAUUCCGGACAAUCCCCAACUGCGAACCUAACAUGACAGAGGUCCGCCAGAACUGCACUCCUGGCUCCCACUUCACCCAGGACUGCAACAUGUGCAUCUGUCUCGAGAACCAACUCGGACUGUGCACCGUCAAGAACUGUGGACGCGCUACAAUCCCGAAGAAAUCCGAGCUGGUAUCCGGCAAGGAGUGCGCGGCGGGGUCCUCAUGGAAGAGUCGGUGUAACGACUGCGGCUGCACGCCUGAUGGAUACGCGUUCUGCACUGAGAAGGCCUGCUUAGACCAGCAAGAAGAUACGGUGAUGCGCUGUGCUCCGGACACCAUGUGGAACAACGAGUGCAAUACCUGCUGGUGCACCACCGACGGCCGCGCCAUGUGCACCAGGAUGGGCUGCGCCUCUGACCAGCAGCCUGAAGGAGCAACUGGAACCAAAGCUCUCACUGAUGUGGUUCCAAGAUUUCCAAACGCCCAUGAUACUGAAGAACUUAAAGCUCAUUAUUCAAAAGAGAGUUUAGAAAACUUGGAUAAAGGUAAAGCAUACUCUAAGGAAACUAUAUAUGGAGCUGUUAAUCCACAGCAUGAGAUUAGAGAUCAUAGUUUCGAAGAGCUAGGUAACGAAUACAUCAAGCCUGAUCACAGUCUAGAAGACGUUAACCCAAUUGAAGAGAAUGACAACAUUUUAGAAGAGUCAAAUCGUGUUAAAGACAAACAUAACGUUUUAAAACGUUCUGUAUGCAAGCCGAACCAAGUGUUUCAGUCAGAAUGUAAUACUUGUAAAUGUGCUCCUGACGGACAAAGCUACACUUGUACUCAAAAUGAGUGUAUGGAGGGAGAGAAAAAUAAAGAAGUGGAGGUGUUUAUGGAAAGUGAGGGUGAGGACCACGUCGAGAAGCACUCGGUAUGCAAGCCACGCGGUACCUUCUACAUCGGCUGCAACACCUGCCACUGCAAUCUGUACGGGUCAGAUUACUCUUGCACCAACAAGCCGUGUCCACUGCCCGAAGACGUUGAACUGUUCCAUGAACUUAAGGCCACAAAAUCAUCUAAAAACAUAACACAAAAGGUUGUGUGUGUUGCGAAUCGCAUGUUCAUCAAAGAUUGUAACACCUGUUGGUGCAACGAGGAUGGAACCAGCUUCAUCUGCACCAGAAAAGUUUGCGUCCCUGAACUUCCUGAGGAGGGCACUGAGGAAGAAAUAUCUGAGGAUCUCCGUGUAAUAAAGAAGGAGUGUCGGCCUGAUGAGGUGUUCGAGCUGGAUUGCAAUAUGUGUCGUUGCAACCCCGACGGCAAGUCGUUUUCAUGCACGCGGCGAGCCUGUGUCGACCGCGUUGACGAGGACUUGAAGAACGUAACAUUGAUCAGGAAGGCCCGCGGAGUCACACAGGAGGCGCCGAAAGCCUGCCAGCCCGGGCAGGAGUUCCGGAUGGACUGCAACAAGUGUCUCUGUGACAACGAGGGACAGGACUUCUCCUGCACGCGGAUAGAUUGCAAUGCCCAGAACGGCAACGGUGGAUCUAGGAGUAAGAGAGAGACUUCGGAGCAAGUGACGACGGAGUGCGCCCCGGGCAGCGUGUUCGACAUGGACUGCAACGUGUGCCGCUGCACCACCGACGGCCACCACGCCAUGUGCACCACCAAGCGCUGCGCCGUGCCCAACACUCAGGACAACGACGUCAACUCGCCACAAUCCGACCCGAACUUCCGCUGCAACCCUGGCGAGCAGUUCAAGCGUGGCUGCAACGACUGCUCCUGUUCAGCUGACGGGAAGAGCGUCUUCUGCACCGUCCGCUUCUGCGACCAGGACAUCACACCGCCGCCCAGCCUUUAACUUCGAAGGUAGCUGUGUGGUUAUGACUUCCAAAUAUCUUUCAACAAGUGUGUGUUCUUUUCUGGUGCUACAUGUCUUUCAAUGUCGGCACAAGAGCAAGUGUCCUGCUAAAGGUUAGCUAUCAGAUUGGCUGCCAACACUAUAGCGAAAUGUCAGUUUCCUGUUGAAAGUUAACUAGCAAACUUUCAACUGUCGAAAUUGAUUCUUAACACAAGAGCUUACAAUUCAAACUCCUACGCAUGAUUAGCUACCGUGUCUUGGACUGGUUUCCCUUCUUGUCUCUUCGUGUGCUGUUAAAAGUUUAGCUACAAUAUCUUUGACUGCCGACUGCACCUUGGUACAAUUUUUUUUUGUUGAAACACUGAAAUAAGUUUUUUUUUCUGCUGAUGUUUUUUUAUAUUGUGUUUUUGACACACCAUUUAAAAAAAAACAGAUUACAUCCUUAAUGCGAUAAAUACCCUUGUAUGUUUUAUGUUUCUUAAAACAGAGCACAAUUUUGUAUCCAAAUGACCAUAACAUUGUUUUUUAAAAUUAAUUCAAUUAUCAACCCAAUUAAUCAGUGUUUCAAAAACAUGCUAGAAAAUUAAUCAGAAUUCAGAAGCGAAGUUCAUAACCACACGAUACUCGAAUUUUUCGUAUAGUAAUGUAGAUACUUAGUUACAUAUUGAUUUAUCAUGUGAUUUCCUAGUACUUUACGAUUGUGUAUUUUCAUAAUAAUAACGUUAUGCCUUAUGUUUUAACCGAAUGAUUGUGAUUGAUUCUAAACUCGAUCAAAAAUGAUAACCCGGCAUCUGACCUACUCAUGAUACACUUUGAGAUCACUUGCAUAAGCUACAUUCAUCGUUUAGACAUCUAUAAACGGAUGUUAUUGAAUACUUGAUCGAGUUUUGGAAUUCAUGAUUAAAUAUAAUAGGUAUUACUUUGAGAUUUCUUGUAAGUAGUUUUAAUUUUUCCAUUAUGUGACAAACUAAAUAUGAUAUGGAAACCGUAAUAAAAUCGCAUCUUUCUAGGCAUUUACUUUCUCGUAUAGCAAAUAGGUGACUGUGUUUAUCGUAGGUAAUACAACGGUUUUUAAUGAAAGGAUAAAUAAGUAUUUUAAUCUGCUGUAAAUUACAAAUUGUGACGCGAAUUUUAGUGCAAAUUUUCUUAACCCUGUUAUUAUCGUGAGACGUAAUACCAUAAUUUAUUUAGAUGACCUCGUUAGGGUACCAAAUUAAACCAAUCUGGAUACCCUCGGUCAAUUUGGGAAGACCUUUCGCUACCUAAACUGUGAUUUUACCAGAAGAACGGAGAAGAGUUGUUCAGAUAUGAGCCAUUACAGUAGAAAUUUACAAAAAAGUUUUCCAUUCAUUAAUAUCGCGUUAGUUAUUCAUAUCUGCAACUCUUAUCCACUCGUCUUGGCUCACAUGAAUCCGCAGACUUCUACAACUUAAUUUAAAAUAAUUUUAUAUUUUUUUUUUCUCUUAGUGACAAUGGUCUUUGUGCAAAGACUUCCAUCGAAUUAUGACGAACGAGUUUCUAAGUGCACUUUUGGUUGAAUAUUCAUUUGUUUCCAUUUCAUAUUAAACUCGAACAGAUGUAACUUGAUUUACGUGUAAUAAGUAUUUGUGAACUUUCUAGGGUCACAUUUUGUGUGUGGAUUUCGUAUGUAACUUAGUAGUGACUACACAUUUAUUUCUAAGCAUUGGAUGGCUGCUUUCUACCUUUUCUAGUUUAGUAGUAAUAUUUAAGUGUGCUCUUUUAUUUGUGUUUGAUUGUGUAUUUUGCAUUUGUCAUUGUAUUUGCUGUUCAUUUUUUGAACGGCUUUGUGUCUUGUUUAGAGUUGGUUUUCGGCCCCUAAGGCUACGUUUACACCGCAUUACGUUCCCCGUAUGACUGUAGCACUUAUGUCGGGAAAGAUCCUCGUACAUUGAUUGGUGAUGUAAGCCACAUUAACGUCGGAGUUGAAGCAGUCGCCGUUGCCGAAACCGGCUGGUCACAUCAUCAUUUUAUCAUCAAAUGAGAUUUUUACGAAUUUAACAGUGACAAUUAAACGGACGGAUUAAGUGACGGAGUCUAGGCGGGAAAAUUCGGAAUACGUAAAAAAAUUGAAUCGAACAGUCGCCGUGUGAAUGUAGCCGCAGCCUUUUUAGUUCCUUUGGCAUACUUUCUAUCUUUAUAGCUGGAGAUUUAGCGACAAAGAUGAAGCUGUUUCAAAUCUUACCAGCAAAUUAAUUAGGGACAAUCCAAUAUGAGAAAUGAAGACAUACCUACUGAAAACUGUCUAUCAAAUUACUCGAUUUCUUUGUAUUACAAUAAGGGUUCUCAUUUUUCCGACGCGUCGUUAAAAAUUGCAUUCCCAAUACUGAAGAUCUUUUCGCAUCAGAGCCGUUGGAGAAGUGGAAUUUUUAUACUUAUAUUUAUCAGGGGAAUUAAAAAGGCCACAUCGAAGCGAUUCAUUUGAAAAAGCAAUAUUGCUAUUUGACAUUUGCGCAUGUAAAAGUGCCAACAAAUGCCAAAUAGCAAUAUUGCUUUUUAGAUGAAUUGCUUCGAUGUGGGCUUUUUAAUCCCCCAGUACAUACAGUAGGUACUUAGUUCAUCGUCAUUUAACCUUUCGUAUUUCAUCGUUUCUCAAGAGCGUGUUGUCCUUCUCGCAAAGUUGUAUCACCGUUAUUGGGGCUAAUGUUCUCUACAAAACCAACUUUAAAACUAUUUUCAUGUUCAUGUGUUAGUUAUAGUUAUCAUUGUGUGGUGUGGGAUUAUAUUUGAUUUAAUGUGUUUAGGGAAUUUUUAAACUAAUUUUGUACGUUCGCGUACCAUGUAUUACUUUAUACGUAAUAAACUUAAGAUUGUGAAUUAAAUUGAUUUGAGAAUA